CUUAUUUUUCUGUUUUAAAAGUUCCACUACUUUUAAGUUUUAACACAACCAUCCUCCACGUCCGGUGCCCGAUCCUAGCCGAUGUUGGUUUUGCCGGAAUAGCGGGCCAUUAUCGUCGCUAUUUUCUGUUAUUCUGCUUUUUGCGGCCGUGAUACCCCGCUAUUGACGUGAAUUUUGCGCACACUAGUAUUGAGGCCCUUACGUUGGCGCAGGUGCAUCUACAAGGAAACAGCGGCUGCGUCACCACUAUGCCACCCCUAUUUGAAACCCUAGAACGUACUUAUCAAAACUAUAAUUUCUUAGUAAGGAUUUCAGAUAAGUUUUAGAGUAGUAGUACAUCUAUCAUGUCAGAAGCUCCAAAAAAAUUGAGUAAGCAAUAUAAAGCUGGACCAGAUUUGUUUGGCUUCUAUGCUUGUCAAAUAGCUGAUCUGUUGUCAGAAGAUGAAAAUGCCUUGGCCAUUUCCAAUGCAUCUGAGUUGUCUCAAGGGAAAUAUGGGGUUGUCAGUGGUAAAGACACUUUGGACUGCAGUUGUAAAGAUGCUGAUUCACUUUUCCAAAACAGCAUUGUUGCUGGGAUUUCAGAUUUCAAGAAAGGAAGAUUGAAGGGAUUACUUAGGCAGAGCGUGAAUGAUCUCACAAUGGAAGUUGAUGAGAUGUUAGACCCUGUUGUGGCUAUGUCUGAGUUACGUUUUAAGCUCAGAAGCAACAGCUUGGUGAAUUCAGCAUUAGAUGUUGAUGCAUCCCAGGAUGCCAGUAAGAAACUUAAGAUGCCGCCUUCCUGCUCAUCAACCAACAUCUCAGGAAAUUCUUGUCCUAUCAAAUCUGGAUCUUGCAAAGAGAAGGAAGAUGAUUUGGAGUUCCUUCUAAAGAACGACAACCAGCUCCUGGUAGAGGAAACAAUGAGAAAAUAUUCUGAUGAAUUAUCCUCAACGCUAGUGCAUAUGGAACAAAAGCUUGAAGAAACUUUAGAUGCUAUAAUGUCCAAGUGUAGGUCUAUGACACACACUGAGAAGCGGCAGCUUCAGAAAAUGAUACAAAAGCUACCCAAUGAAAAUCUUGUCCGUGUGGUUGAAAUUAUCCAACGUGGUAGGCUAACUGGAAAUACUUGCGGUGAAGAAAUCUUUGUUGACCUGGAAAUGGAGGAAAAUGCGACGCUCUGGAGAUUAUAUUACUAUGUUGAAGCCGUCGAGAAGGCCAAAAUGCUUGCACAAUUGCAAUGUAGUACAACCCCGACAUUAUAGCCAUCUUUCGGAAACCAUGACAGCAGUUAUACAUGACCAUCUAUCAAGACUAUUAUUGUACAUGGCCUUCGAUCAGUGAAUACAAUCAGAAGAUUCUCUGCAGGUAUGCUAAUGAUCCAUGUAAAUUGUUCUUGUCUUAAAGGUGUUGACAAAGUCAGACUUUAAACUUUAGUACUUUGAUGGAUCUAUGCAGUAUAGUCAUAGAUUGAAACAUAUUUGUAAGUUCAUUAGCAAUCAUGGAUUCCUAA